CGAAGCUCGGGUGUGCUGUGAGCCUGUGACUGUGCUUCAUUCAGUAUACGCGUUCUUCAUCGUCCGCAGCACACGACAAAAUGCCUGCAAUUCACUCUUCACUCAACUUUUACCUCAAACCUCUAUUCUUAUCUCAUUCCUCUAUCUCCUUCAGCAAAUUCGCAAUCCCCAAACAGGUACUCAGCCCUAGAAACCUCUGUGCUUUAGCUUCUGCCGAAUCCGCCGCCAGCCACAAUGGAGGUAGGUCAGGUGCGCUCUCUCCGCCUACGGUCACGGAGGAGUUGCAGAGAAUUGACGUCAAUCCUCCCAAAGGGACCAGAGACUUCCCUCCCGAGGAUAUGCGACUUCGCAAUUGGCUCUUUCACAAUUUCCGAGAGGUGUCACGUUUGUUUGGAUUUGAGGAAGUUGAUUUUCCAGUGUUAGAGUCAGAGGCUCUGUUUAUUAGAAAAGCAGGGGAGGAGAUUCGAGACCAGCUGUAUUGUUUUGAAGAUAGGGGAAAUCGUCGUGUUGCAUUGAGGCCGGAGCUGACUCCAUCUUUAGCAAGGCUGGUGAUACAGAAGGGAAAAUCAGUGCCUCUCCCAUUGAAAUGGUUUGCUGUUGGACAGUGCUGGCGAUAUGAGAGAAUGACAAGGGGACGGCGUCGUGAGCACUACCAAUGGAAUAUGGAUAUCAUUGGUGUUCCUGAAGUGACGGCUGAAGCAGAACUAAUCUCUUCUAUCAUCACUUUUUUCAAGCGAAUUGGAAUCAGUGAAUCGGAUGUUGGAUUUAGGGUUUCCAGUCGAAAGGUUUUGCAAGAAGUUUUGAGGUGCUACUCCAUACCUGAAAACUUGUUUGGCAAGGUUUGCAUCAUCAUAGACAAGAUAGAGAAGCUACCACUUGAUGUAAUUAAGAAUGAUCUGAAGUCUGCUGGGAUAUCAGAAGAAGCUAUUGAGGAGCUAUUAAGGGUCCUCUCCAUAAAGUCCUUGACAGAGUUGGAAGAGAUACUUGGAGGUGCAGGGGAAGCCGUUGCUGAUCUGAAACUACUAUUUUCGCUUGUGGAAAAUUUUGGUUAUUCUGAUUGGAUUCAGUUUGAUGCAUCUGUUGUCCGAGGCCUUGCCUACUACACUGGUAUUGUAUUCGAGUGUUUCGAUAGGGAUGGAAAGUUGAGAGCUAUUUGUGGAGGUGGGCGUUAUGAUCGGCUACUCUCGACUUUUGGUGGUGAUGACAUUCCGGCUUGUGGCUUUGGAUUUGGUGAUGCGGUGAUUGUAGAAUUGCUUAAGGAGAAGGGCCUUCUACCAGAACUCGACCUCCAGGUGGAGAACAUUGUGUGUGCUUUGGAUCAUAAUCUUCAAGGAGCGGCUGCUACAGUUGCAACAAUACUCAGGGGAAAAGGUCAAAGUGUUGAUUUAGUCUUGGAGAGCAAACCGCUUAAAUGGGUGUUCAAACGGGCAGCACGGAUAAAUGCUCAAAGGCUGAUUUUGGUGGGGAAUACUGAAUGGCAAAAGGGUAUGGUUGGUGUAAAAAUCCUCUCUUCUGGUGAACAAUAUGAGAUUAAACUUGAUGAGCUAGAGUGAUAAAAUUGGAAUUAUUUUGUGAUCAUUAUGUACUUAUGAUGUCAAUGCUUUAGUGGAUUUAUAGUUAUUUAUUGGUUUCAUCCAAUUUAUGUACUUGUACAGUUAUUAGUGAAAUUAAAUCAAU